UACUUCUUUAUUGUUGCUGUGGAGAAGCUUUUAGGAAGUCCUUGAAAAUAUAACACACACAGCCAGUUUAUUCAUCAAAACACGGGGCUACAACAAUGGCAAGAAGAUUAAUAUACCCGCUGUACCAGAUCGGGAACCCCCAACUGAGGAUCUUCCGGCCGCCAUUCUCCCUGACUCUGGUCCGACCAGGGAAGGAGCAGCCUCAGGACACAGUGCAGUUCAGAAUCCCCAUGGAAAUGACCAAAUGUGACGUGAGGAACUACCUGGAGAAGAUUUACAACGUUCCAGUGGGAGCUGUCCGCACAAGGAUACAAUACUGUACGAAUAAGAAGAGAAACCACCUCAACCAGAAAGUGAAGAGACCGGAUUAUAAAGUGGCCUACGUUCAGCUGGUGCAGCAGCAGACAUUUGAGUUCCCUGACAUCUUCACCGAGAAGGAUGUGAAGUCAGCCGAGGGCUCGGUGGAGGAGAUGCAGGAGAAGUUCAUGGAGGAUGAGAAACAGAGGCAGAAACCGGACCUUCGCAGGGGAGGGGUCACAGAGUGGUUCGGCCUCUAGAGAGAGAGUUUGUGUGUUAGGACAUAUGCACUGCUGGUGUGUGGGUUUGUUUGUGAGAGAGUGUUAAUAUUGUGUGUCAUCAUGUACAGAUUUUUAUCUGCAACAAGUCCGUUUGGUGGAAAGUUUUUCAACAUUUGAGACGUUCUCUAUUGUCAGGUAACACCACUUAUACCUGUGUUGACCGACCCUCGUCCUGGAGAACAUAAUGGGUAUCCAGGAUUUUGCUCUGAACCUGCUCUAACACACCCGAUUCAACAAGCCACUCUUUUGAUGAGAGUAGCUGAAUCCUGCUGAUUAACUGUCAAAUCAGAUGUGUCAGAGCAGAGCGAGAACAAAACCCUGCACCCCCAGUCGUUUUUGAACAGGAGAGUCGUCCACCUCUCCCUGACGGAGAAGGCUACUGUGUGGGAAUGUGUUUUCAGUUCACCGUAAUAUGUCUGUGUGAGUGUUUUACUGUGAACUACUGUACAAGGAAAAGCUAAUAAAAAGUAACUUGUCAA